AUGGCUGAGGCAUUCGAUGAGACGAGGACGCCCUGGUUCAUCCGACGAUUCUGGGAGUGGCUUCAUCACCGUCUCGAAGGUCCUGGUGGCGGCCCCCAUUCUAACUAUGUCAACCCGUGGGCAAGUGAUCCAGCGCGCCGCUCUUCCCUCAUGCGCCGGGUUGACCGAAUCAAACAUCGCGUUGAAGUCCAGAUACUCGAAGCAGUUGCCGCAAACAUACUGAGAGUCAUGCGGCAAGAAGAUGGUCCGACAAUUCUGGAAGUUGGAGCCGGAACCGGAGGUGCCACUCAGGCUAUGUUUACGGGGCUUGGGGGCGCAUACGGCUCAUACACGUUCACCGAUAUAUCCAGCGGUUUCUUUCCUCAAGCCAAGAUCAAGUUCGCAGACGAGGUUCGCCGGAUGAUAUUCAAAACUCUGGAUAUCGAGACGGACGUUGUGGAUCAAGCAUUGACGCCGGCCACGUAUGACAUAAUCGUUGCCUCAAAUGUUCUGCAUGCUACAAGGGACAUUGAAGCAUCACUGAAGAAUGUGCGGAAGCUCUUGAAGCCAGGUGGCUUUCUUCUGCUACUUGAAGUCACAUCAGUCGACAAAGUCCUCGUACCGUAUCUAAUGGGCGCGGUUCCGGGCUGGUGGUAUUUUGAAGACCGGUGGCGAAAGGACACAUUCAGUCCCUUGUUGACGACGGGAAAGUGGCACGAGGUACUCCAAGCCUCCGGUUUCCAGACUGGUACAGAGCACAUAUUCCGAGAUAUGGAACACCCGGAAGACCAUCUAUCCAGUGUAAUGGUGGCUCGAGCAACGGACGAAGACUGGAUGGCAUUCCGAGAGUGCGUUCCAACAUCAACCACCGAAUUCUCUGCGAAUAGUCUUGUCAUUGUCAAAGGCAAGGAAGAAAACGCCAUCAGCCAUGGCAUGGCUCUUGAGUUAAAGACAAGAAUCCUCGGCGUGUGCGGUGAUCGCGUUACAGUCACGAUUGUAGACGGGCUACAAACGGCUGCUGCCAGCUCGCUACUUCCCAGCAGCAUGGUUAUCGUCCUCUCGGACAUCGAGAGCCCGUUGCUAGGUAGCCCUACGUCCGCUGACUGGGAGGCCUUGAAAAUUGUUUUCAGCGGCACCUCUCACGAUAUCUUCUGGGUUACCAGUGGGCGUGUGCAUGGGCGGGAUCCCAAUCAAAACAUGAUUGUUGGGCUCGGCCGCUGCGCCAGAUACGAGAACCCGGGUCUCAGGCUUCGCUUCAUUGACGUGGAUGACUGCACCUCUUCUGAUGCAAUCCAGCUUAUCUCCAGAAUUGUCUGGCAAGCGGGGUUCUUGUCGUCGAAGGAUGCAUCCGAUGUCGACUCAAAAAAUGUCACUUGGACGAACUCUGCAGAAUGA